GGACACAGCGGAUCACUGAUCCACAGAAAGAACCGAAGAUGUCGGCUCGGUCAUGUGAUCAGCUGUGUCCAAUCACAGCUGAUCACAUGGAACAUGUACACUGAUCAUCAGAGCACUGAUGAUCAGUGUGCCCUGAUGAUCAGUGUAGCCUCAGUAGUGCCACCUGUCAGUGUCCAUCAGUGCCAGCUGUCAGUGCUCAUCAGUGCCACGUGCCAGUGCCCAUCAGUGUCACAUCAAUGCCACAUAUCAGUGCCUACCAGUGCACAUCAAUGUCACAUAUCAGUGCCCAACUCAGCUGCCUUUCAGUGGCACUCAUUAGUGCCAGUCAGUGCCUCCUAUCAAUGCCAAUCAGUGCCACCUAUCAUUUUCGCCUAACAAUG